AUGCGGUCGCUCGACUUCCUACUGAUCUACGGCGUCGUCGUCGGCGUCGUCGGCGCCGUCGUUCUCCGACACGAAUUGCAAUGGCGCGAAGCGCCGAUCGUGCAGAUGCUCAAACGCGGACAACUCGUCGACUAUCUCGCCUAUCGCGAUCAGAUGUCGUCGGAGUUGGGCGUCGUCGAGCAGGGCGUCGGCGACUACGUCUACUAUGAGUACAUGGGCAACAUCACCGUCGGCACGCCCGAUCAGAAUUUCGUUGUGAUCAUGGACACGGGAAGCGCGAAUCUGUUGAUUCCGGGCACGAAUUGCACGGCGCAUUGCGAGAAGAAGCGGCUGUUCGACGAGAAGAAAUCGUCGACGUACGUCUCGUCGAAUCGACCAUGGUCGAUCAAGUACGCCAGCGGCGAGGCCUACGGAACCCUCGGAAUGGACACGGUGAAGAUUGGCGGCACCGGCGAGCCGCAACUCGCCAUCCCGAAAUCGUUUCUCGGCGUCGCCGACACCGUCGGAAGCGAUUUCGAUUGGAGUCCGAAGGAGGGCGUGUUCGGAAUGGCGUUCACGAAGCUGGCCGUCGAUGGCAUCACGCCACCGCUGAUCAACGCCGUCCAACAGAAUCUUCUCGAUCGUCCGAUCUUCACCACAUGGUUCGAUAAGCGCGCGCCGCCGGGUCAGGCGUCGGGCGGCGCCAUCACCUACGGCGCGUUGGACCCCGAGCAUUGUGGUCCCGUCAUCGGCUACGUGCCGCUAACGAAUCGCCGCCAUUUUCAAUUCAUGGCGAGCGGUCCCUCGUUGGGCGCCUACACCAACGCGGGCACCUACGAGAUGAUCACCGACACCGCCACAUCGUUCCUGUGCGGACCACAAGCGCAAGUCGACGCUCUCGCGCAGGCGGCUGGAGCGACGUGGAGCGCCGACAAUCAAAUCUUCUACAUUCCGUGCGGCACCGACGCGGGACCCAUCAAACUCAAAAUCGGCGACUACAAAUAUGUGAUUCGCGCCAAUAACUAUGUGAUGGACAUUGGCAACAAUCAAUGCCUGUUCGCCGUCAUUCCGCAAUCCUAUUCCGGCUUCGGACCAUCGUGGAUCCUCGGCGUCCCUUUUAUGCGCCAAUACUGCAAUGUGCACGAUUUGGGCGAAGCUCGCGUCGGCUUCGCGCUCUCAUUGAACGAUUUCUGA